AUGGUGGGCACAACUUUGGGACUUCAAAAUCAGACUGAACUCCAGACAUAUUAUUACACAGAGCCGAGGGACCAAACAGCUAAUAUCGUCAGCGUAUGUCUAAUGAUGGUCAUCUUUGUCACGGGUGUGAUUGGAAACGGGCUUGUCAUCUUUGUGAUCGGCUACAAAAUGAAGACAACAGUCAACUCCAUCUGGUUUCUCAACUUGGCGAUUACAGACUUCAUUUUUAUUCCAAUUUUGGUUUACAUUAUUGUUGUUAUCUUUGACAGUAAAGUUAGUGAAAACAUUCUCCUGUAUGAAUGUGGUUAUUUUAUUUUUGUGCUAAAUAUGUUUGCGAGUGCUUUCUUUCUGACAGUCAUCAGUCUGGAUCGAUGUAUGUGCACAUGGUGUGUCGUGUGGGCUCAGAAUAAACGGACUCUAGUCAAAGCCAGAAUCAUCUGUGUGUUUGUGUGGCUUUUAGCCAUCUGCUGUAGCAUCCCGUUUGCCGUUUCUAUCUUUCAACCUAGAUUUUUUACACAAAUUUACACUAAUUACACGUCUCUGUCCAUAUACAUGUUUACGGUGGGCUUUCUUAUUCCCUUUUUGAUCAUUACAUCUUCAUAUAUUGCUAUUGGUGUACGGAUAAGACGCUUUCCAAGAAGAAAUCAGCUUCGGAUAUUCCGGGUAAUAUUUGUGAUUUUGGCCUUUUUCAUAAGCUGGUUUCCUUUCCAUUUUCAACAGUUGUUUAUUGAUUUUGCUCAUUAUAAUGACUGGGAUAGUAGAGUUCUUCAUAUAUUUUAUGAAGCAUCUGUUUUUAUAAUCGGUCUUGUUUUCCUAAGCAGCAGUCUGAACCCCAUUCUCUAUGUAUUCAUGUGUGACGAGUAUAAGAAGAAACUGAAAACGUCUCUGCUGUUGGUGUUUGAGGGGGCUUUUACUGAGGAUCAUCUGGGUUUACAUUAA